AUGAUGUCCAUGAACAGCAAACAACCGCACUUCGCCAUGCAUCCCUCUUUACCCGAGCACAAGUACACCACCCUGCAUUCCAGCUCGGAAGCUAUAAGGAGAGCCUGUCUACAAACUCCACAGCUACAGAGUAACAUAUUUGCGAGCCUGGAUGAGACCCUGCUGGCCCGGGCUGAGGCUUUGGCGGCCGUGGACAUCGCCGUGUCCCAGGGCAAGACGCAUCCGUUCAAGCCCGACGCCACCUACCACACGAUGAGCACAGUGCCGUGCUCGUCGACAUCCACCGUGCCACUGGCCCACCACCACCACCACCAUCACCACCACCACCACCAGAACCUGGAGCCGCCGGACAUUAUGGACCACAUCACCUCGCCGUCCCUCACCCUUAUGUCCAGUGCGCACGACGGGGCCGGCGGAGGAGGUGGCGGAGGCGGUGGAGGUGGCGGCGGAGGGCUCAUCUCCACCUCCUCUGGCCACCCGCACUCUCACAUGCACGGCUUGAGUCACCUCUCCCACCAGGCUAUGAGCAUGAACUCGCCUCUCACCCACCACGGGCUCUUACCGGGCCAUCACGGGGGGAGUCAAGGCGGCCCUGGGCUCACUAACGCCGGACUCCCCUCAAUCAAUGACUCGGACACAGACCCAAGGGAGCUGGAGGCUUUCGCGGAGCGCUUCAAGCAGCGGAGGAUCAAGCUGGGGGUGACCCAGGCGGACGUGGGUGGCGCUCUGGCUAAUCUCAAAAUCCCCGGCGUGGGAUCACUGAGCCAAAGUACAAUUUGUCGAUUCGAGUCGUUAACUCUCUCCCACAACAACAUGAUUGCGCUCAAACCUAUUCUCCAGGCCUGGCUGGAGGAGGCCGAGGGGGCCCAGAGGGAGAAAAUGAGCAAACCUGACAUUUUCAACGGGGGGGAAAAGAAACGCAAGAGGACCUCGAUAGCAGCCCCAGAAAAGAGGUCUUUGGAGGCUUACUUCGCCGUACAACCUCGACCGUCGUCCGAGAAAAUAGCAGCUAUAGCUGAAAAGUUGGACCUGAAAAAAAAUGUGGUGCGAGUGUGGUUUUGUAACCAAAGACAGAAGCAGAAGAGGUUGAAAUUUUCCGCAGCUCACUGAUGGGCAAAGAAAAGAAAAGAAAAAAAAAGUUGUGUGACUGAAUUUGGGGACCAAGGACACUAAGACACCAUUUUCAGUCUUUUGUCUCCAGCGAUUUUACACGUUGGUGCACAAUGGGCUUUAGAUACCCAUUUUACGAGGCUUCAUAUAUCUUGUUUAUUUUCACGUUAUCGGUGAAUGUGAAGUAUGCAAAUAACAGAUUACACAAAUUUCGCUCAGUUGUUACGAGGGAAAAGUUUAGCGACGUCGACAUUGCCUUUUAAAACAUGUGGAAAGAGGUAAUUUGCUUGAUACUAUAGCGAGUUAUUUUCUCCUAAUAGGCCUAUUAUUUGAAGUAUAGCCAUUUACGAAUUACCUCAUUGAUUGUUGAACUGUGUUUUUGGUUUUGAUUUUUGUCGUUGUUGGUAUAGAAAUAAUUCAUGAAUCUGUUCAUUUAUUCAUCUGUUCAUUU